AUGGUCUUUUUUCUCAUGUUUAUAGAAAUCAAAGCGAGCCCUGCACAUUCCACUGCGGCUCUGAUCGUGGAUGAGCCGGAGGAGACAGAUCCAUGGGACCUGCCAGAACUGAAGGACGCGGGUGUCCCGUGGUCAGCUCUGGAUACCAAAGGGAAGGUCCUCAGAGUGCUGAUAUCAGUGGGGAAGCUGAUUCUGCUUUUAGGUUUCCUCUAUAUGUUCGUUUGUUCUCUUGACAUCCUGAGCUCAGCUUUCCAGCUUGUGGGAGGUAAAACGGCAGGUGACAUCUUUCAGGACAACGAAAUUUUGUCCAACCCUCUGGCUGGUUUAGUCAUUGGUGUUCUGGUCACCCUGCUGGUCCAGAGCUCAUCCACUUCCUCCUCCAUAGUUGUCAGCAUGGUCUCCUCUGGUUUGUUAACAGUUCAGGUAGCCGUUCCUAUCAUCAUGGGCACCAACAUCGGCACCUCGGUCACAAACACUCUAGUCGCCAUGACGCAGGCUGGUGAACGCAACACUUUUCGGAGAGCUUUCGCAGGGGCCACAGUGCACGACUUCUUUAACUGGCUCUCAGUGUUGGUGCUGCUGCCUCUGGAGGUAGCCAGUGGUUACUUGUUUGUGGUCACCAAGCUCAUCACUGAUUCAUUCGAAAUCCAGAGUGGAGAGGCCCCAGAUCUGUUAAAUGUGAUCACUGACCCCCUCACUGAAUCAAUCAUAGAGCUGGAUGCAUCUGUGAUUAGUGGGAUUGCCACCGACGAUCCAGAAGCUAAAAACAAGAGCCUCAUAAAGAGAUGGUGCCAAACCUUCACCAACACAACCUUAAUGAAUGUCACAGUUCCUGGUCCAGAGAACUGUACCUCUCCUUCUCUGUGCUGGGUUGAUGGCAAUUAUACCUUCACGCUAAAGAACGUUUCUCAGACAUACAAUAUAAAGAAAUGUACACACCUCUUUGUGGAUGUGAAUCUGUCUGAUAUGGCGGUGGGUCUGAUUCUGCUGGCUCUCUCUCUGCUCGUGCUCUGCUCCUGCCUGAUCCUCAUAGUCAAGCUGCUCAACUCUAUGCUGAAGGGACAGGUGGCUGUUGUCAUCAAGAAAGUCCUCAACACCAAUUUCCCAUUUCCCUUCGGUUGGGUCACGGGCUACAUCGCCAUUUUAGUCGGUGCUGGAAUGACCUUCAUCGUGCAGAGCAGCUCAGUGUUCACUUCUGCCAUUACGCCACUAGUUGGCAUUGGUGUCAUCAGUAUAGAGAGAGCGUACCCACUGUGUCUUGGUUCAAAUAUCGGCACAACCACCACAGCCAUUCUGGCAGCCAUGGCUAGUCCCGGAGAAACUCUGGCUGACGCUCUACAGAUUGCCCUUGUGCACUUCCUGUUCAACAUCUCUGGCAUCAUUCUGUGGUAUCCCAUUCCAUUUACCCGCGUCCCUAUCCGGUUGGCUAAAGGUCUGGGCAACAUCACGGGCAAGUACCGCUGGUUUGCUGUAGUCUACAUCAUCUGCUGCUUCUUCGUUUUACCGCUUCUCAUUUUCGCCCUGUCGCUGGCUGGCUGGAAGGUACUGGUGGGCGUGGGUGUUCCUCUACUCAUCAUGUUGAUCAUAAUCAUUGUGAUCAACAUACUACAAAAGCGGAAACCUGGGUGGCUGCCUGCAGUCCUGCGAUCCUGGGACUUCCUCCCACUAUGGGCACACUCCCUGGCUCCCUGCGACAAAGCAGUUGGGGUUUUAAUCGCAAAAUGCUGUUGCUGCUGCAAAUGCUGCCAAGCUGCAUCCGACGACCAAGAAGACAGAGCAGAACAAUUGGAAAAUAACAAGACAACACACACAGCAGUAUAUGACAAUCAUGCAAUGAGUGUAGAGAAUGAAGCGGAAGAUGGGAUGAAAAUAGAGUUAAAUAUCCUGAAAAUGACCACGCUUUGAGAUUUGAUAUUUUAAGUGCAGUUGUGGUCAGAAGUUUACAUGCACUCGUCAUGGCCAUGAACGUAACUGUGAUGUUGGAGUUCUAAUGAUUUCUUUAACUGUUGUUUUUCCAGGGGGGAAUUAAGCCAACUUACAGGACUUUAAAAAGCAAGAACUGGGUGCAAGUUUGAAUGUAUUUUGAAUUUUCUCUAAUCCACACAGGAUCGAAAUUAUACAUAAACUCAUUUAGGUUGUGCUGAUAGUUGUACAAUGUUAUUAAAACACCUUUUUUCAAUUCUUCAAUUCAAACAAUUCUCUGUAAGUACAAGUUAUUUGUCACCACUUUGCCAACUUCUCGAAGAAGACCCCAACUCUCACCCCUUAGAUGACAGGGAAUUGUUCAGGAACAUGUUGAGAAACCACAAAGGCUCAAGCCUGCCAUGAACUGGAAACUGCUGGAAAACCAGCAGUAGGAACUGAACAAUUGAAGCAUGUUUUACAUUGCCAUGGACUGAGACGGCGCUGACCAAGACAGAAGUCCUUGCUCCAAAAUCAACACCUUAAACAACUGAUGUACAAUUUUCAGCUGCCCACGUGGACAAGCCAAAUGCCAAAUUUUAUGGUCAGGUGACACAAAGAUUGAGCUGUUUGAUCACAAUGACAAGAGGUAUGUUUGGAUGGUUAAAGGUGAGGCUUUCAAACCUAAGAACACAAAUUUAUGGAUUAUGCUUAAAAGCCAGGUUUUUGCCAGGAGACCAGCCAAUUUAAACCAAACUCUGCCAAGACUGAUGGAUGCCAAAAGUAUCUGGUCGGACUGCAACUUGAUAAGGGACAUUUAAUCAAAUAUGUCAUUUUGACGCUUUGUGGAUGAGAGAAAUUCCAAAAUAAAUUCAAACAUGUGCACCCUAUUGAUAUUUUUUUACUGUCAUUAAAGAUGUAUGCUGUCAUUCCACCAUGGAAAAAGCAGUUCCAAGAAAUCAUUAAAAAUCCAAAAAUCUCCACGAUGUAUUUAAAGUUCCUACCACAACUGUAUGUGUGUGACUGUGUGUGAUGCAAAGAAACAUACUAAUGGACAUAUUGUAGUGUAACAUAGGAAAUGACUGCGUAGACAAAUGCACUAAAACGUUACAUCGUUAACUGAAGUGACCUUGAAAUACGAGUGGAAAUCUAUAAUUAUAUUAAUGUCAGCAAAUCCUAUGAAAGGAUCAAAACCAACCACUUUAGUUUCUCAGAGUCACCAUAUCGCGGCCCCAAACCUAACCCUAACACUAAGGCUAGCCAAUCAGAAUGUGUGUACGUGUGUUUUUUUCACA